ACAUUCUAUUCAGCAGUCGUGAUCGACACCUUUGGGACUGACGAAGUUGCGGAGCAAACACAUUGAUUUGUGCUCUUUACAUUUUUUAUCCACGGUUGAUGUGAUUUUACUACAUCUUCCUUUGGAAUCAAACGGUAUCGAAGUGCAUAUUUCCUAGAAUACAUUUGAAUGAAAGAGUAAAACAGCAAGGAAUUCGUGAUUACCUUUCAUUGUGCUUUGGAAUUUUUAGUAAUAUAUUUGUAAAUUGUUAAUCACACAACGACUGUGUGAACCGAUAACAAACAAAGACUCAAGCUAUGGAAGGAAUGGAAGUUGAAACAUCUUUAGAUGUAUUAUCUCGGGCAGCUUCACUAGUUGAAACAGAAACGGAAUGCGAGAUCAUCAAACCACUACCGUCGGAUAAUUUUGGUAUCAAAACGGAAGGUUCGUUCAUUCCUAAACCAAAUACGCUUUUGUCUAAAGCGAUAGAAUUCAAAGAGACGCAAGCCAUGGAAGUUGAAGAGGGAGAAAAGGAUCAAGUUGUUUUUCGUAGAAGAAAAGUUAAAUGUGCGGGUACACAAACUCUCACUGAAGAACAGACUGCAUUUCCUCAAAGACCAAUGUCUGGUCCACCUCCUUUGCUUUGUGUUUCACCAAGAAGCAGCUUUUAUGAAGAAAUUAGACCACAACAAAGAACAUCAGUAAUCACAUCUACACAUAUGCAGCGUCGACCACAUACAAUUGUUGGUGUUCCAGUUGGUUACAAUGUCCCUGAUGUUCAAAUUCCUCACAGGAAAGAAAUUAAAUCAUUUCCUAUUUCAUCCGUAAAUGCAGAUCCCGUAGUUGAUGAACAUUUCAGAAGAAGUCUUGGGGCAGAAUUCAAUGAUUUUACACCACCUUCAAAUUCAGUGGAAGAUCAUUUUGCUUUGUCUCUAGGAGACCAAUGGCAUAAACUAAACAUUAACAAGUGAAACUUGUUAUAAAUCAAAGUGGUGUCAGCAGUUAUUUGGUGAAAUCACUGGCCAGUUUUACAUUGAUAUGUAUGACUUUGUAUUUAAGGUAGCAGCAGAUUGUGGAAUCACUGACCAUGGUUUUACCUUGAUAAUCUGAGUACAUCCUUAGUUAUUGUUUUGGUUGUGUUGGUAUGGAUGGUCUAUGUGAUGCAACUAUAUUUAUGAGUGUCUUAUAAUAAGAUUGAGCUUUAUCUUUGUAUACUGACUCAAACCCAGAAAUAUUUCUUGGGUUGUUUAUAUAUUUCUAACCUGACUUCAUGCAUAGGCCAAUAUUGAUGAAUGUUUGCAAGAUCUUGAAGAUGAGUAAAAUUGUUGGACCCCAUUUACUUGAAUCAAGACAAUUGGCUAGUUAAGCAGAAAUCUAUUGCCAAAAAAGCUAUUUUUAGUUGGAUGUUUAUGGUUGCAUCUAUGUAGAUAGUAAAAGAUAUUUUUGAUUUGUUUUUACAAGACAUUUGCUAUGAAAUUAUAAAUAGCAUUUUCAAUUACUAGUAUUUACAUUUGAUAUGCUUAGUCAAAAGAGAAAUAUUUUUUUAAUGUUCUUUACAUUGUUUGACACAAGAUUGAAACCAGAUGUGAGCUUCAUAUUGUAGAAGUAUAAAUAAACAGACGGCAAGUCUGCCUGACAUUUCUUACCCAUUAGUUUAAUCUUAUGGUUUAGAGCUGGACUCAGUGAAAUGUAGGGAAUAGUAUAUGAUGUAAAGAUCUGUAUUUGAGCUGGUAUCAUUUAGACAUCUGUAACUAUUCUUUAGUAGUAGUUCACAAGAAAUACUGACAACUGCCUCGUUAUUAAACCUUUUUUUUGAAUUAAAUAAAUAUAUUGCUAGGUACUAUAGGACAUAUAUUUUUGUCUUACCUAGUGUAUGGAAAGCCAAAAACAAAGAGAGACAAUAUGUUUUAUAAAGAUAGGUAUGUCUGUAAUCCAUGCUUAAGAUAACGAUCAAUCAAUGCUUGUAAAAAAAAAAUUAUUUCCUUUCAUUCCAAAGACCAGGAAAGCAUAUGAUUAUCAUUCUUUAGACUUAAUUUCAGUCAACAGGCAGUUUGUUGGUAUUUCUUCAAUUUGUUUUCAAUGUCAUUUAUUGUUGUGGUGCAAGAAUUCUGUCUGGGUUUUGUAAUAUUUUUGUAAUAUAAAUACUAGAGAUAAAGAGAAUUAACUGAAAAUCAGUCGUGCAAAAUCCAUUAUGAAAUAUUACCAGUAGUGCGGUUUUUCCGAUGUUUUUUAUCAAAGCACGGGCCCCACCUUUCUUCGUAAGGAGACAAUAUCAUACAGAAAACGAACAUAAUUAAAAUUAAUAAUUAUAAUGUAUAACAGUUAAUGUGUACACUUGUUUAAAAUAUAUUUGUCAUUUAAUGCUGGUCAAUCUCAA